CUUGAAAGAAAGUUAGAAUUACGAUUUACAGAUUAUAAAUACGCACCAGAAAGCUUUGUUUUCUCUAGUGAAGAUGUGCAUGGUGCAUAUCAUGUGUUAAGCCGCGCUAAUAAGCCUCAUAAGGCAAUUCGUUUAAAUAAAAUAUAUUCUCUCGAAUCUUGUUUUCACCCUAUUAGCACAUUGUUAGAUUUUGGCAAAACUUUAGAAUUUGUAUAUAAUGAAGAUUAUGUAAAGGAUUAUAUGUCUUGUAGAAUUAAGCAAGAUGAAUUUUAUGCGCAACCAGCCAUAAUGCCUGAAGGGGAUUACAAAAUUGAUGAAUGGGAAAUUUUCAGAGUCACCGAAAGAGCUGAUCCAUCUCGAAGUGCUAUUCAAACUACAUCAAGAAAUUAUAAUCGAGUAAAAUUUGAUCGAGAAAAAUAUAAUCGAUCGAAACUUAAUCGAAUUCCACCUCGAAUCGAUUCACCUGAAGAAUUUAUAGAAAGUAUUGAAGAAGAUUUUGUAUUAUUGAUUGCGUCAUGGAUCGAUAGAAGAGAAGUCCCAUAUACUUAUUUGAACAUGCCAUUCCAAUUUAAACUUUUGUUUGACAUGGAUGAUCAAUCACUUCCUAAUAAAUACUAUAAUCAAUCAUCAUUCUAUCCACUACCGACCAUGAAAUGUCACCACGGUCCUUCACUAAUGUUAAUGAGGAUUAAAGAUUCUAAAGAGAUCAUUGGAGCCUAUAAUCCUAUCAAUUGGCAACUAGAUUUACCGAAUGGUAAGGAUAAAUAUGUUAGCACAUCAGAAAGCUUUAUCUUCUCGAGUAAAGACGGAUAUGGAACAGAUCAUCGAUUAAGCCGAGUCAAAGAAUUUGAUAAAGCCAUGAUUCAGACGAAGGUACGUCCCAAUGGCGUACUUUUGAAAUUUGGUAAAGACUUGGGCACUUUUUAUCAUCAUGGAUGUAAGGAAAAUGAUGAACCAGAUUAUGGAUGGGAAGUUGAGGAAAUCUUUCCUUAUGUAAAAUGCGUCAUCGGAGAGGAUGGAUUUUAUGAACAAAUAGCCAUAAUGCCUAAAGGCGCAUAUGAUAUUGACAUGUGGGAGGUAUACAGAGUCACUAGAACGAAAUGA